AAGCACCCAGUAAACAGUUGCGUUAAAGAAUUGGCUGAACCUUGGGCUGGGGCUGAAGAAUCAACUUACACGAUCUCUGGUGACUAGAAUCUCCCAAAAGAAGUUAAUGGAAGUUCAUUUAUUUCUAUUUUAAUUCUCUACGUGGAAGCAUUCGAAGUUAUGUUGUGAUCUGGCAACAUUGCAUGUGAGUGUCUUUCUGUAUUUCACAGUCUUGCCCAAGGAGAAUAUAGCCAAACAGUGUUGCCAAGCCUCCAAGCAAAGAAAUUUAACUACUUCUAAACAAUAUUAAUUUGAAGUGGAAGUGUUGACUGUUGACUGUGGAGUGUGGUGGACUGGUGGUGGGAGUUUCAGAAUUCAGAAGUUUGUGGGAUUCACACUUACUUCACCCUCACAUUAUUUACAAUAUUACCAUUCACUUUUUUCUUGAAGUUGAAACAGAACAGUUAUUGUUAUUAUUUAGAAGUUGGAAAAGUUGGCUGAUUGUUUGGAGAAGUGGUGGAGUCAACAGCUGAAUGGAUUGGAGACACUUAUAAGACCAUCUCUUGUGCAAGCUGAAAAAGACCAAAGUCUUACUGCCGACCAAUCGAAAUGGAUGAAGAAAGGAAAAGGAAUACACAUGCUUUCAAAAUCUGGGAACAAGAGGCUCUCACUUUCCAAAAGGAUAAGCGCAGCAAGUUCCAAUCAAGAAGACAGGACGAAGUAUCAAGAUGGUCUCUGGAGCAAAAGAUUGAUGCUGCUUAUAGUGAAGUAGGAUUCAAGAAUGGAGGUGUACAAUACUUGGUGAAAAAGGUCUUAGGAUUACGUGAAUCCUACUACAUAUCAUUUACUUAUGUUCAUGUGAAAAAGGAUGAUGACAAUCUGAAUUAUACUUGUGAUGUUGUUUGUCGUGUUGACGUUGGAGGCAAGGAAGUCUUUAUUGAUAGUUACUGUCGCACUUACAAUAGCUGGAGAGAAUAUUUAAAAGAUAACAAACUCCCCAAAGGUUUUAUGUGUUACCCUGUGCAUGGUGAGUAUUCAGCUGGGUGUACGUUCUUUACACGAGUUACUCCAGCUGGCGAACUCAAGGCAGAGGUUCUACAUGCUUUGGAUAGCACUGCUAAAGUGGUGGGAACAGUGGCUAAUAUUGCUACUGUUGCCUCUCUAUUCAUACCAGGCUUUGGUGUGGCUGCUCUGGGCAGAGCUAUUCUCAAAAGAGCACUUGUAGCAUCGGUUGUUUCCAAUGGCUAUUCUGCAUCUCGCAAUGUAAAUGAUCUAGUGGAUAGGCAGGAACACAAUCAAAGCAUCAGUUUCAGUGACGCAGAAGCGAGAGAAUUGUGGGUGAAUGCAGUUAUUUAUGGGUUCGGUACUGUAACUGCAGGAGUGGCAUUGAAACAGAGUCAAUCCGUACUCAAAAGAGGGUCUUCUCUACUUAGCAGGACUGCUAGAUCAGCGAUAAUCAUCAACUGUGGAAUGUCAUUAUAUAGAGAAAAUCUAAUUGUUGCUCUUGAUUUAUAUUACGCUGACUCCACUCACGGGGAGAUUAGUUUGAAAAGUUUCAUCGACAAAUGUUGUUUGUACUUCAACAUUAUUUCACCGCAUCAUGCUUUUGUGGCAACACUUGAAGAAAUCAGAGAGUUGACUUCUUUUCUGAAAAUCAUUACUGGUAAAACAUGCGGUUAUUUGAGAUUGGUAGAUAAUCAACUAGGCUUUACAAACACUCUUUUGAGCAAGCCUGUGAGUUUUGUUAAAAAUCUUAUUGGAAUUAGUGGCAAGUUCAUUAUCAACAUAAGUUUGAUCAAACUUGAAUCCCAUAUGAACAAUCUCAAGAAAGGUAUUAAAAAGCUUCUGAAGGGUGAUGUGAAUGAAUUUUAUGCAAUCUGGAGUGAAACUUGCGAAGAAAUUUUGUCGGAGAUUCAAAAAGCAUGGCAUCUAGCGCAUAACGAAAUGCAAAAGUAUGGAGGGGAAAAAGAAAACGUUUUCAAAAGAAAUGAUUUGGAUCUUGAAGAUUUUAGAAAUCUUUUUUUCAUGUUGAAUGGCAUUGAAGAUUGUUUUGGGAAAUUGGAGAUUUAUUAUAAGAUGAAGCUCAUAACCUUGAUGAACGCUUUCUUAUCGAAACUACCUGUUGAGACCAGUAAUGGAACUGACAAUUGCACAAGUUCUACUUCAAAAGACCCCGUUGUGGCGUGUACAGUAACAGAAUACCUAAAAAGAGUAAGAGGUUUCUGUUUAUUCUUGCGUAAAGAGGUUGACAUCAAAAUAGUUGAAGAGUUUGAGAAUAAGAAAUUGGAAGCAAUAGUUAAUCAUGAUAGCUUUUCAAUGACAAAGGAUGCUCUUAGAAAAGAAUGUUGUGAAUAUGUCAUUGAUAACUUCGAUAUCCAGAAGUGUGUUGAAGAAUACAUUAGAUGCUGCUCAUCCUCUCCCAGUGUUGCAAGCUUGGAGGCGUGUGGAAUUAGUCAGUAUUUUUUUGUCAAGAAGAAAACCGACCUCACUGACAGUGAGUAUCUAAAUAUCAUUGAAGAAAAAACGUCUGGAACUUUCAACUUUACCAAUGCAGUAGUUGCACGGAAAGGAAACAUUGUUCAUGUAGAAUCUAUUGAUGAAAAAGCCUUGGCAAUCUUCUUCACUCAGGUAAGAGGGCCUCAACAAUUAGAAGGUGCUCUAACAUGCAUCAAGAAAUGCGAUUUCUUGUAAUGUUUUGCAACAUUUGUAGCAAUUCAUUUAUUUUGAUGAUAGCUCUAAGUUUGGCAAUUUUGAAGGUUUUAGUGAAACCUGGGUUUGGAAACUUCAUUAUUAUACUAUAGAUAUUAUCUGUUUUUCUAUUGAUAUUAAAUCACUAACAACAUUU